AUGAAUAAGCAUGGCAAGUGUAUGCAGCAGAAGCAACAGAAAAAGAAGAAACAAAAGAAACGGAAGCAACACAAGAAGAAACUAGAAUUAGCUCGCGGUUAUCUUGAAACCCUAGUUGGUGAGAUAUCCCCAAUCUUAUCAGAUGUCCCCGAAGUGAUAGUUUGUGAGAUAUUGAGCAGACUUCCUGUGAAAUCAUUGAUGAGGUUCAAAUGUGUAUGCAAGCAUUGGCAAUCAAUAAUCCAGAAUGAUGACUUCUUCAUUGAUUUACACUUAUCACGUUCUAAAACAGUUUCGCUUUUACGUAUCGGGUCAGUAAAGUCUAUAAAGUCUUUGAUAUCAAUGGAGUUACUUCUCCCGUCUAAAGAAGAUGAUGGUCGUGUAGCUCCAGCAGUCGGAGCCAUAUCUGCAUGGAAAUUCCCCUUUCCAGAAAACAAAUGUAUUUUUUGUACAGCCGACGGGUUGAUUUGCGUCAUGAACUUAAAUAAAUACCGUCUUCGCAUAUAUAACAUUAGCACCAUAGAAUCAACGCCAUGGAUCGAAUCAACAUUUAUCAAAAACCAGCAAAAAGAAAAUGAAAAACAAGAGCGACACAGAUAUUUUUCUCUUUCCAAGUUUGGUUUGGGAUUUGAUCUUGUAACGAAAAAACAUAAAGUGAUCGCGAUUUGGUACAUCGGAACUAAGGGGCUUGGUUUUCCAACUUAUGAUCUAAGUUGCGAGGUCUUAACUGUAAGACAUAAUACAUGGAGAAGGAUUGAAGUUGUCGACCUUGAUCUCCAUUACGGCUAUGUGGAAUCUGUUCAUGUGAAUGGUUUUAUCUGUUGGCUGCAUUAUCAUCACUAUAGCAACUAUGAAGAUGCAUGUAUUAUUCAAUUCGAUGUUGGCAGCGAAAAGUUUAAGAAAAUAACCUUACCUCCAAAUCCAAUCUCCAAUGAUAAUUUCCGUUAUCGUCUUAGUAUUAUCAACAUAGAUGGCCUGCUAGCUAUUUUAGCUUCGGGUAAAACAUCAACAAAGAUGUAUAAAUUUUAUGGAAAAAACAAGGAAAGCAAAACCGGUACUAGUAGUGCUGCAAGUAGUCUUAGUUGUGAUUAUUAUUGGGAGGAAAGGAAGGCCUUCUCAAAGCCGCCUUCUAACUGGCAACCACCAUGGUGCUAUAGAACUCAACACAUUCCAGGGACAGACUUGUUUUCCGUUGGGAGAUGCACAGACGAUCAUUUUUGA